AUGUUCUACACACAUUUGCUUAUGAGCAAGCGAGGGCCAUUGGCCAAAAUAUGGCUUGCAGCUCACUGGGAGAAGAAACUCACAAAAGCCCAUAUAUUUGAAUGUAAUUUAGAGGCAACUAUUGAAAAAAUUCUAUCACCUAAGGUGAAAAUUGCACUGCGGACUUCUGGACAUUUGCUGUUAGGAGUGGUUCGAAUCUAUCACAGGAAGGCAAAAUACCUUUUAGCAGACUGUAAUGAAGCUUUCGUUAAAAUGAAGAUGACCUUUCGCCCAGGACUAGUUGAUCUUCCAGAAGAGAAUUUUGAAGCUGCUUACAAUUCUAUCACAUUGCCAGAAGAAUUUCAUGACUUUGAUACCCAGUUACCCAAUAUGAAUGCUGUUGAUGUUUCUGAGCACUAUACUCUGCACCAGAGCAAAGCUGAAGACAUUACACUUAGAGAAGAUUUCAGUAACGAUCUGCUUUUUCAAGCCGGAAGUUUUGGUGAAGAAUCUGAACUACUUAGGAGACAAAGCUUCUUUGAUGACAACAUAUUGACACAUAACAAUUCGAUUUUGGCUGAACGUAGUUUUGCAAGUCUCCAUGAAGAAAAAUCUGUAUUGUAUGACAGCGGAGAUGGAUUCGGGGAUGAAGGAGCUGCAGGGGAUAUGAUUGACAAUCUGUUACGAGAUGACCACAAUAUCCUGUUGGAAGACUUCAACAUGGACCAAGAAGUUUCUUUGCCUCCUGAGCCUCUUGAAUCAACCGAGUCAGUAGUUGAAACAAGCAAUUCUGAGUCUGUACAUCCACCUGAUAGUGAGCAAAUGAACGGAACUAUGUUAAUGAAAAAUGAAGAAGAAGAACUUAUCCUUGAUCCAAUUGAUCCUAGAGAUAUUGAACAGGGAAGGAAAAGCAAACGUAAGAAGAAACUACUUAUUGAUCCAGUGAAGGAGAUCAGCAGCAACACCAUGCAUAAACAGCUUAGUAACUUCAUGGACACACUGACUGUGUUGGAACUUGCACCCCCUACUAGACGUUUGAUGAUGUGGAAGGAGACAGGAGGAGUGGAUACACUUCUAUCAAAUGCUACUCAGUUUCUGAUUAAUCCUGAGCUUAAAAUGUUGUUUAGAAAAUGCUUUCGGUCAUCUGACAUUAAACGUAGAAGAAGAACUUUACAGACAGGAUUGGAAAUGGAUGAAGUGAAAAAUGAUGACCUGCUAGAGAAUUCCAUGAUGGAAGAGCCAUGUAACCUGAGAGAAUUAACUCAUACAGAAAUGAGGAAAGAUGUAACUGAAGAUGUCCCAUCGAUUAAUUCAGAGAAUGGUGAAAACACCAAUGAAAAUGCUAACACUGUACAGGAAACAACUGAAAUGGUUUCUUCCAGUACAGAGAAAUCUUUGUCAAUGAAUGACCUCUUGGGAAAGGAAAUCGAAAAUUGUCAAAUUGAUUUGGAAAAUGAGUCGUCUUUGGAGAAUAGCCAAAUUACUGAGGAAAAAAGGUGGAAUCAAAGAACACUUCAGAUGUUAGACUAUUUACGGCGUUGCAACAAGAUGGGAGUUAAGUCCUUUAGCCUGAUGAAACUCUGCAGAAACAGUGACCAAAAGCAAGCCGCUGCCAAGUUUUAUAGCUUCCUUGUCCUUAAGAAGCAGCAAGCCAUUGAGCUUAGUCAGAGUAACCCCUAUGCAGACAUUAUAGCAACAGUGGGACCAAUGUUUCAUCAAAUAUGAACAUCAAUGAGAAAUCCCAAAGCCUGUGGGGCCGUGUCUGCAGAAGAAUUUCUCUCUAGAUCUUUCGGUUCUUUGUAGAGUAAUUGUAAAACCAGCUAAAAGUCAGGUCCAUAGUUGAUAGGGAAUCUUCCCACUUUUUCCCUCUUAUACCAGAAUGAGAGAUGAAGACUGGAGUGUACAUGUCUUCGCGAAUGCUUAAUUAUAAUGGUACAGAGUUUUUUUUAAUAAUCCAGUUGAAAAUAUUUUAUCUAAGCAUAUUCAUCUAGCUGAACGUUACACUGAAUUUUAAAUAGAUUUACAAUGGACAAUCAGU